AUGGUUAAAACACCAUUUGUAAUAACAUUAGCUCAACUGUUAAAAUUCCCUCAAGUCACGCUUCCUGUCACAUUGGCAUGUGCUGGUAAUCGACGAAAAGAACAAAAUGUGGUACGAAAAGGGAAUGGUUUUAAUUAUGGAAGUGCAGGACACAGUACUGCUUUAUUUACUGGAAUUUUGGUUAAUGAAGUACUUAAAAUUGCUAAACCGCUACGUGGUGCACGAUAUAUGUGUAUGGAAGGUAAUGACAAACUUCCAACUGGAAGUUAUGGAACAAGUAUUCGGUUAUCAAUUGCAAUGGAUCCUACUAUGGGAGUGAUGCUUGCGCAUAAAAUGAACGGUGAACCAUUGACUCCCGAUCACGGACGUCCAUUACGCGUUGUUGCUCCAGGGCAAGUAGCUGGGCGAAGUGUAAAAUGGUUGAAACGAAUCAUAAUUUCAGAUAAACCAAGUGAUAAUUACUACCAUACAUUCGAUAAUCGAGUCUUGCCAACCAUGAUAACAUCCGAAAUCGCUGCUGAACAGAAGUAUUGGUACGAUGACGAACGAUAUGCCUUGUACAAUCUUAAUGUACAAAGUACCAUAUGCUAUCCAGCUCAUGAAGAAACUAUUAUGGUUGAAGAAGGCAAGUCAUAUUCUGUGCGAGGAUUUGCAUUUAGUGGUGGUGGAGCACGCAUUGGAAGAGUUGAAGUAUCAUUGGAUCAAGGUCAAACAUGGAAACUGGCAAGUAUUGACUACUUCGAAGAUCAAUAUAGAAAUGCUAUACACUAUCCUAACCUCUUUGGUGGAACAUUGGACAUGGCUGAUCGAGAACAUUCUUUCUGUUGGUGUUUUUGGAAAAUUGAAAUUCCUACCAUGGAACUGUCUACCGCAAAGGAUAUUGUCGUUCGAGCCACGGAUGAAAGAAUGAGUAUUCAGCCUCGAGAUAUGUAUUGGAAUGUUUUGGGUAUGUUUAAUAAUUGUUGGCACAGAUUAACUAUUACUAAGGAACAAGAUGGAUGCAGUUUGAAAUUCGAUCAUCCUGUUGUACCUGGUUUAACUAAAGGUGGAUGGAUGGAAAAAGUUAAAGAGCAAGGUGGUGAACUAACCGAUGGUUUUUGGGGUACUCGAUCUUUAGUAUCAGCUUCAUCGGAAACAAAUUCAUUGUCGGUGGUUAAUAUGAUUAAUAAUGAUGUCAAGCGCAUUAUUACUGAAGAAGAAUUAUCACAACAUAAUAAAGAUGGUGAUGCAUGGUUUGCUAUCAACGGACAUGUUUAUGAUGCUUCUGAAUAUUUAAAAGAUCAUCCUGGUGGGUCUGAUUCAAUCAUUUUAGCAAGUGGAGCAGAUGCCUCUGAUGAUUUUCUCGCCAUUCAUAGUGAUGCUGCUAAAGCCAUGUUAGUCAAAUAUCAUAUCGGUAUUCUUGAAACAAAUUCGUUGAAGAACAAUGUGAUCAAUGGUAAACACAUGAAUUCAGAACGAGACAUUUUCCUUGAUCAAAAGAAUUGGAAUACAGUAACUUUAAUGGAAAAAAUUGUACUCAAUCAUGAUAGUGUACGACUCACAUUUGCAUUAAAACAUCCUCAUCAAAAAUUAGGAGUACCAACAGGAAAACAUCUGUACCUUCGAUGUAUCUCAUCGUCAGGCAAAAAAGUUGUACGUGCAUUUACGCCAACAUCUACAGUAGAUGAAGUUGGAAAAUUCGACUUGAUUGUAAAGUUGUAUAGGGCCAGUGGAAACUGGUCUGGUGGCAAGAUGUCUGCAUGCAUUGAUCGACUUAAGCCUGGCGAUACUGUUGAAUGCAAAGGUCCAUUUGGAGACUUUGAAUAUCAAACUGGAGGUACUCUCGUCAUUAAAAAUAUCGCUCAUCAAGUCAGUCGAUUUACAAUGAUUGCUGGUGGAAGUGGAAUUACGGGAAUAUACCCAAUUUUGCGAUCUGCUCAUCGAGAUGGUAUCAAAUGUCAUGUGGUAGAUUGUAAUAAGACUGAGGUAGACAUUCUUAUGCGUCAGGAGCUUGAUGGCUACAAAAGAGUACGCCAUUGUCUUUCACGUCCAGCAAAUGGAUGGAAAGGUCAUUCUGGAUACAUUUCUAAAGCUCUUAUCGGACCUGUACAUGAUGGUUUCUUAUUAUGUUGUGGACCAACUGGAAUGAUGGAGAGUGUUCGUAAGAUUGCAGAAACAGAUGGCUGGGACAUUAAGAAACAAGUCAUUUUUCUAUAA